AUGACCAAUUGCCAUUCCUCCGCCGACACCGUUGGCCUUGGUCUCAUCCUUGUCGACAAGAUCAAGGAGCUAGGGUAUGAGACUCUUGGGCAGAUCGUUAUGUUGUACAAAAACAAACUGAUGCUGAGACGACCCUUGCAUGAAUGUAAUCUGAGAUACAAGACGAUCGUAGACGUUGACGUCCACACAGCCAUUAUAGCUAUCAAAGGAAACCCUAAGUUCGCUGAGGGUGCAAUUGUUGACGCCGGCGUUGAAGCCUCCGUAUGUGAAGGAGGGUUUCCCAAAGGCCAAUCUCCGUUAACCAGUCUGACCCAGAACAUGAUCAAGAUCUGCGAUGUAACCAGAGCCAUCGUCCGAAUGUUGCUCUGA